GAUUGGACAACUGUUGGUCAAUGUGAUUCGUGAUUAUUUAUUGUUUCACAAGUUACAAGUACGAAUAAUUUGGCAAGAAAAAUAUAUUUUUUGAGAACACUGUGGUUCCAUAAUGACAUUCAACACAAAAUUGAUGCUACCUGUAGCAUUAGGUUUUUCAAUUGUAACUGUGACAGCAUUUGUGGUCUAUUACGUCUUUAAAAAAGAAGAGGAAGGUGACAAAACUGUAAAAACAUCAAGAGUCAAUGUAAUUGAAAUGCAGGUGCCCAAAAGCAUUAUUCCUGCUUUAAUUGGUCGCAAUGGCUCUAAUAUCAAGGAAAUCGAACAGAAGUCAGGUGCGCUUACGCAUUUUAAGAAGUUUAGUGACAAAGAUUACGAUGUAUGUAUAAUUCGUGGACGGAGCAGUGCAACACAGCUUGCCGAAACGAUGAUACAUGACUUCAUUAAACAGCAGCCGAUCAUUGUUGCUGAUUCAAUAGAGGUCCCUGGGUGGACUGUCGGCAGGAUUAUUGGUACUGGCGGUGAAAAUAUAAACGACAUAAGCCAUACAAGUGGCGCAAAAGUAAAAGUGGAGUCUUUACCAGGUGGGAACAGCAACGAAUCACAAAAGAUAUCGUUUAAAGGCUCCAAAGAACAAAUUGAGAAGGCUAAGAAACUUGUGGACACCAUUGUGGCCCAGGAGAAGUGUAGACGCGAGGUGGAGCAAGCCAAACGCCCCCGUUUGCCCCUCGUCAGUCCAGCUCCCCUGGCCACGCCCGAAACAGGUGAACGCACACCCGCCAAGCAUGUCCGCUAUAAGACGCCUGAACCCCCUGGUCCAUCGAUCGAAGUGUACGUGUCAGCGAUUUCUUCGCCUUCGCGAUUUUGGGUGCAAUUCGUCGGCCCACAAGUCGCCCAACUCGAUGAUUUGGUCGCACAUAUGUCUGAAUAUUACAGCAAUAAGGAUAAUCGUAGUGCACACGCGUUAAAGUCCGUAUCGCUGGGUCAAGUGGUGGCAGCGGUGUUUCGUCAUGAUGGUCGUUGGUACAGAGCCCGCAUCGACGAUAUACGGCCGAACGAAUUCGACGCCACACAACAGGUAGCUGACGUGUUUUACUUGGACUACGGAGACAGCGAGUACGUCGCAAUGCACGAGUUGUGUGAACUGAGAGCUGAUCUUCUUAGACUACGAUUUCAGGCGAUGGAAUGUUUCCUGGCGGGGGUCAAACCAGCUUCCAUGGAAAAGGAGGAACCGAAACCUGGCGACUAUCCAAAAUGGCACCCACAAGCCGUCGAGCGGUUUGAGGAACUCUCGCAGGUCGCACGUUGGAAGGCAUUACAAUCAAAGACGUGUACGUAUAAGCGUACGUCUACGCUCUGCGGGGAAUUGGAUAAGGAGAUACCAGGGAUAAAGCUGUAUGACGUCACUGAUGAAGGAUCAGUGGACAUAGGCGAAACAUUAAUAGCCGAAGGAUGGGCUGUGGCCACAACCUCGGGGACAUCUACGCCUCACCACAUCCACUCGCCCCUUACACCUUUUGGGGACUUAUCUAACUCCAGGGUACUAGGAAUGCUCAACCCACGCGCUGCCUCAAUGCCCAAAGACCACAAAGAUGAUAGAGAAACUUCACCCCUUACACCAGAUUCUGUUAAAGAUAACCCAACAUCAAAAUCGCUGUCCGGCGGUCUCGAGGCAGCAGAUAAGCUUAAGUCAGUCUCAAACUUCGAUCUCUCUUACGAGUCAAGUAAACCGACCCCUACUGACGGUUCUCACGAGCUUCUCGAAAACGAGCGUCGGAUCGAGAAUGAAAUCCCAAAGGGUAACUUGAGGAACGAGAUUAAAGCGAAUAUGAAUAGAAUAGACUCGCAUCAUAGUAAUUUAGACAGCCUUGGGAGACAUGAUAAAUCUUAGAAUAUUCGUUGUGUAAUUUCAUACACUAAUCGUAACCACGAUAUACGAAAGACUUACUGAUGUUACAUUAAACUCAAAGAUUAAUUUCUGAAUAUUUUCAAUAAAAAGUGUAUAACCGUCCUAUAAAAUAAUUGGUUUCGUUGGAUUGGUUUGGUUUCGCGCUAAACAUCUUGUAGUAUUCUCGCAUAACGCGUUUGUAUUACCCCAUAUAACACGUCAUGUACAAAUGAUUCACGUUUAACUUUUCUCGUUAAAUGGGACUUAAAUCCUACAAAAAUAUAAUGUGUGAAAUGCCCGUGUUAUAUGGGGGAGUACUCGUGUUACACGAAAGACUGAAAUCGCGUUAUAGGAAUACCGUGUUAUAAGGGCCUUAACUGUAUAUUAUUAUGUUAAAAAACUCAUAAUAAAGUCUGGUCCUGGACACUAUCAAAAAUUUUCAAUAAAACAUUUGUAUGCUGUAUAUAAAUCAAUAUUUAAUGAAAUGUUAUGUCUAUCGAACUAUAAAGACGUCAACAUACUUUGUCAAUUGAAAUCCCACGACGUUUGUAUUAUAUAAUUCGAGUUUCAAUAGUUCGUGAUACGUGGUUACGAAUUUCAGUACAAAUGUAGGUGCUAAUUUAGUAUAUAAAGGCUCUUAUGAAAUUAUUUUCGUAUUCAAAAUUAUAUAACGUUAUAUCGUAUUACAAAACAAUUUAAGUGAUUUGAUAAAAAGAAAAAUAGAGAUACAUUGACAUAGUAAUUUUUUUAAUAUAUCGAAAUAUUACGCCCAUUUAUAAAUUAAAUCAGUUUUAAUACAGUACGUAAAAUCAUAUUUUGUCUAUUCAAAUAACACUGAAAUCUUCAAUCGCCUAAUUUUAUUUUCCCCCAGAAAUUCCCUAGGAUGCCCUCACCUCUGCGUAUGGUGGCAUGGACCAUGGUUUGAUUCUUUAAAGCGGCUGUCAUGUAAGGAUGCUUGGGGAAAUUAAAGUAAAGUUUCUAUAAUAGAAAAUGGAUUGACAGUUCAAGUUUUAUUUGGAUGUUUGGUCAAACUAAUGUACAAUAAUUAGUAAGGUUAUCCAGACGACUUGUGUUCUAACGAUGUGUUCGUACUUCUAAUUCGUUCAUAAACAGGUACGGUACAAUAACAUAAAUAUACUGACGUCUUUUAGAAUCUAGGAGAAAACACUUUGACAUGGCAACACUGAGAAAUCCAGAGGCUCAUUGCCUUCAAAUAUCUUAAGGUUUAAAGAUACAUCACGAUUAUACACAUUUAUUAAUGUAUAUUGUAAUCGCGUUUUAAGUAAAUUAUCGUUGGUGAAUUGCGCCAUCUAUCGGUAAGUAGGUGAACGAUUAUGAUUUUAAAAUUAUAUUUCGCCGUGAUUAAAAAGUGCUUGAGUUGUGAUAAGAUUGAUUUAUUUUUAUAAAUGGGAACGUUUCCGAUUUUUUUAAUACGUACUUAACGCCUAUUUUACAUAUUAUGUCCCACAACAUAAAUGUAUUUCACUUCAUUAAUAAAUGGUGUCUAUUUCUAUUGCAGCAUAAACAGUGUUUUAGUUUUAUAAGUAAAAAAAUAACAUAAUAGUUGAUGUUGUAUUUUUAGUUUUAAGUCAUCACGCAAGUACAUAACGCUUAUUCCAUACUAACAUCCCACCUAAUUCUGAUAUCUGUAAACUUGACAUGUCUACUUCAAAAGCAGUUAUAAAAUUUCUAAUAAAAUUAAUUUAAUAACUACAGUCCAUUUAUUCUGAAUUCAUUUACAAUGUAAACAAAGAUGGCGUACUUCAAGCGGAGACAAGGUAAGAUAUGGAAGUGUGCUAUCAUUAAUCUAAGAAUGUCUGAAAUUCUGAGUUGUGAAAUUUUAAGCCGAUGUUAAGUGAUACAGACACACUGCUCACAAGAACUAGUACGCUCUUUACUUGAAGGACCCUUAAUUAAAUUGGUUCGGAAAUAUGUAUGUAGUGGGCAACUGGUUCCACAUAGUGAUGGUACGCGGCAAAAGUUGCUUUAAGACUCAAUUGUUGAAAUACACUAUGUCGAACAGUAUCCAUACCUUAUAAUACAUAAGUGCAAGUAUUGACUAAAUAAUAGUGUUACAGAUACCGACAAACUUUUUGAACAAAUGUCUUUACGCAUAAGCGAUUUUUAGGUAUCACAGAGCGAUGGGAGAGUGACGUGUCGAGCGCGUGAUUGGUAAAUCAGUUGACGUUUGUGUCUCGCGCUGUGUACGAUGCGCAAAUUUCCCCCACUUCCUUGUUUAAUGCUCAAGAAGUUUGCCGGUAUUUGUAAAAAGAUUUAAUUUAUAUUUUUAUGACACAUCAAAAUUUCUCCACUCUAAAGCUCUGAGUGGAUCCUUACGGUAUUUUAACGGUAGUAGCAGAUCUCAGAAUUUGUAUUCCUGCAUGGUCUUCGUAUGACUUUGUGGGUACAUUAGUAUUUAAAACGUUAAUAUUUAUGUUAUCUAUUAGAUUAGUAUAGCAUCCAAGUUCUUGAAUCGUUAUUCGUAUCAGAAAAUUUCUUCAUACUACACAUUUAUACUUUAAAUCAAUUCACAACAAAUGGACAGAUUUUAUUAUUUUUUUAAUAAAAACAGAGACUUUAAAAUACAGGUGAACGCAACGGAUAUUUUUUUAAUAACGCACUAAAUAAAAAAAUUGAUCGGAAUAUCAAGUUGUAAUGGUUAAAAGAUUUAUUUUACCUGUACCUAGUAUAGAAAAUAAGUUUUCUAAAGUUCUCCUAAUUAAGUCAAAAAUCAUUUAUUAAUGUAGGUAACACAAUGUACGCUUAUGAACGUCAAAAAAGACAUAUAUAUUAAAUGCUUCUAAUUUUUACAUUUACUGCCAGUUCUCAAAUCAAGGGCGUAGAAUGGAAGAGAAGAACUGGCAAUAAACUCUCCGCCACUCUUUAAUCGCCAAGUUUUUUUUAAGCUGGUUAUUACUGUAAACGUAAUGCACCAGUGUGUGACACAAGUGUAUUCGUAUUAUAAAAAUGAGACGGAUGUCCGUGAUCAUGCUAUCAAAUACGAAUAAGAUAUUUUUUGUCAAGUUUAUAGUUAUUACGAGCAUAAAGCUAGCAUAUAACAAUGAUCUGUGAUUGUUUAGUUAGUAGAUAAUAAAUUUUUGAAAAAUG